AUGGGCUCACUGUUUCAGCUGCGCGACUUCUGGUACACCUCCUUUCCAGGGGAGGAGUUCAGCCCCUCCGCCAUGGUCCUCGCCGACCCAGAUGUCAGCAAUCUCUUCGACAAGAUUGUACUGGGAUCCUACCAAGGCAUGCUGCGCAUUCUGAACCCGAGUGCCACCCAGGGCCCAAUGCUGCCCGGCGAUGUGCUACUUGAAAAGAAGUACGACAAACCUAUCCUGCAGCUGGAUUGCGGCCCUUUCCGCCCCUUCAAAUCUGGCGUGCCGCCCAACAUUCUGGCAGUGCUCUUUCCGCGCACGCUCAUGUUCCUCGAGAUUGCCGCGCACGGCAGCGACAACGCGAAUGCGAUGAACGCGCCGAACCCGACGAGCAGCGACGCCGCCGGCAACGAGCUCGCUGCGGAGGUGACGUCGUCGUCCACCGCGGACGCGCAGCUGCCCCACCGCUCCCCGCACGGCAGCAGCUCCAAUGUGCCGGACGCCUUCUCGUCGCUCAAGGAGCUCGGCGCCUUCUACACCCUAACGGUUCAGCGCGAGGCUCACCUUCAGUCUACUGCCUACAACUUUGCCUGUGGCUGCUUCGGCAACAGCGACUACAAAAUGGUCUGUGUUCAGUCGAUGGAUGGCUUGCUGACGAUUCUGGACUACGGCGGCGUGCUAUACCGCACUUUUUUGCCGCAGAAUCAAUUUCUUAUUCCCGGCCCGAUGCAGUACAGCAUGCACCGCGAUGCCCUGCUGACGUGCAACAUGUCCAUGUUUCUGUUAAGCUACAGCUUCAGCUCUCUGGUCUUGAACAGUACCGCGGAAGAUGUGGCGGCGGCGGCGGCGACGACGGCGGGCGCCGUGGCCGCAAGUCGCUCCUCCAGCCUUUGCCCGCUGUGGACAUUCAAUCUGGGCGAGGACGCGGUCGACAUCGCCGUAUGCCGGCUUACGCGUGGAUUGACGCGUGAGGAGGCCGACGUGGUGGUUCUUUGCACCUCGGUCUUGUACGUGCUGAGCGAGAGCGGCGAGCCGCGCAUGCUCCGUCGACUUGACGUGGAGGCGUCGACCCUGUGCGUAUACUCGCUGCCAGGCAUCCCGUACGACAACCUACUCGUCGGAACCUUCAACGGUCUUGUGCAAGUUUACUCGGACGCGGAGCUGCAGUGGAGCGCCGCUGUCGCCAGUGGCGCCGCGCCGCUGCAGCUCACGGUCGCGACGCUGUGCGGCGUUGAAGGCAUGAUUGUAAAUCUGGCCUCCGACAGCUCCCUUAGCAUCAACUACCUUGGCACCGACCCCGUCGAUCACCUACCGGAGUCGCUGGAGACGAAGUCCAUCCCCUACACAGAGAUUGUGAACGACCUGAAGCAGUAUGAGCAGCUCAUUCGUGAGUGCUCGGGCAAUGCUGCAAGCGCUACUGAGGACGGCGACGAGGAUGACCCGCUCGCCAUCCCCGCCAUGUCGCUGUCGUCCACGGGUGGAAAACGCACAAAGAAACGUGGUGCCGGCAAAGCGGAGGAGGGGGCAGCGUCGUCAGGCAUCCAGACGGCAGCACCGCCGAGUCCCAGCAAUGCCGCUGUCGCGACGUCACUAUCCAUCACAAGCGCGUUUUCGAGCCUGAGCACCACUGACAACAGCGCCGAGCUCACCGUCACGCUGCAGACGUUCCAUAACCACGUCGAGGCGGUCUCUCUCGUGCUGCAGGCUGUACCGCCACUGCUGGUGACGCCGUCUCAGUGCGUCAUCGAGCAGAUUACGCCAGAGAGCAGUGUUCAGCGCACCUUCACGGCCCGCGCCCUUCAGAACAGGGACCUGAUCAUUCCCUCAUCGCUGGAUGUGGUGGUUGUAGCGGUGUACCGCGGUCAACGACGCGAGUACGAGACGGUGCAACACGUGGCGCUGGCGCCCCUCCCACUGGUGGCUCGCCCCGUCGCCCCUAUCAAGAACACGGCGUUUUCGAUGCAGCUCAAUACCGACCAGACCCAGCCGCCGUCGCUCAUCGACGUGUUUGCGGACAUGGCCCCUCUCGGACAUGUGACGGUGAACGUCCUGUCGCUGCACUACCUGAACGGCGCGGAUGCAACGGUGCUCGUGUCCAAGAAUGCGGCGCGCUUUAAGCUGCAGGGAUCCACGAUGGAGGGGUUGUGGCUGCUUGCUGCGGAGCUCACGCGACGCGUACGACUCUGCUGCGGUGGCGCCGCUGCAUUGAAGCUCGAGGUCCCGGAUGAUCUGCCGGUGCCUGACUUCCUCGCGGUGGUGGACACGCACUGGGCGAUUCGGCGGGAAAUGGUGGCCGCCUCGGCGGCGCUCGACGACGCUGCCGCACUUUUCCGCGCCGUGGAGAAGCGACUGCUGGCGCGCUUCCGCGACCGCAGCCCAGCUGACGCGACGGCGUUGGGCGUGCUCUUACAAGAAGGCUACAAGCUGCUCCGGGAGAGGGCAGACGCAGUGACGCGGGCAAAGACACGUUUGCGACAGGCCUCGGCCAUGCUGAACUGCUGCGCGCAGCUUUUCUGGUUCUGUCUGGAGAUCAAAUCUCCACCGCUUGCCCCGCAAGACGCGGAGACCCUUUCGACGCUGUUCCGCUGCUCCGUCGCUGAUGAAAACGACGGAGGCUGGGAGGAGGUAACGGAGGCGGUGCUGGCAAAGGUGCUGAACGUGAAGGCAAAGAAGGUGCCUAGUAACACGCUCGAGCUGUCCACCAGUACCGCGAACUUAAAGAAGCACAUUGGAACGCUAAUACGUAUGGUACAGUCUGGCCAGAAGCUCGGUUCCGCAGCACAAGGUGGAGGGGCUUGA